AUGGCUGCCCGUGCUAUCGGGCGAGCUACUGUGAGAGCUGUUUCCAAGAAACGUUUGACACCACAGAGAGCUCCUCUUGUCUUGUCGGACAAUGCAGUGAAAAAACUUAAAAGUAUGAUGGCAGAAAGACCAGAAAUGGCUGGUGUAAAAAUUGGUGUCAGGACACGUGGCUGUAAUGGCCUCUCAUACACACUGGAGUAUGUGCAAGAGAAGGGCAAAUUUGAUGAAGAAGUUGUGCAGGAUGGGAUCAAGGUUUUCAUUGAUUCCAAGGCCCAGUUAACACUGCUUGGCACAGAAAUGGACUAUAUGGAGACAAAACUAGCUUCAGAGUUUGUUUUCAACAAUCCCAACAUUAAGGGCACCUGUGGUUGUGGAGAGAGCUUCAAUGUAUGACAAAAGCUAAAGGGUAGCAUAGAUCCUGAGUUCAUCGACCUGAGUGCUUUCAAAUGAACAUUUAUUUUAAACAUUUUUUGUUUUGUAUUCUAAAAUAGCUUAUUUUUGUGCAAAAACUUCAGUAAGAAUACAAUAAGGAGGGGUUGACUGGUUGAAAUCUUAAUCUCAUUGUUCUGAUGUAUGAUUGGAUGGCUAGAAGAUCGUGUGAAAGACUUCUGUUGUAUAGAUGGCAAUCUGAACGUUGGAAAAGGGGUUAUGCACAAUUAGAUGCAAUUAUUGAAAGUCAUCCUGUUGUGUAAUAUAUUUGAUUAGUGAGUUUAAUAUUUUGAAUUACAGCUUAAAGACAUUAUAUUGUGUCACCUUCUGUCACUUCCAUCACAUAACAACUUAAGCAGUCAAAAAUGUGGGCUUCAAAACAAAGUUUAUAGCAUCUCUUGCAUAGUCCAUUUUCCCAGCUUUUGUCUUUUAUAGCCUGCUAUGCUUUUCUUUUGGCAUCACUAGCAAAGUUACCAGUACUUUGAUACAAAAGGAUUUUUAUGAUAGGUCAGGCUAUUUCUGUUACUGCAUUUUGACCAGAGGACAUUUGUACUAGCGUGGCCCAUAUGGUGGUCAGCUCUUGAUAAUCUUUGUGCCACUCAGUGUCUUCCAGUGUCAUAGUAACUGAAGACAAGUUUUCUUUACUGAUUGCAGGCUGUUAAUAUCUUUUGAUAAAAAGAUUCCAUAAAAAUCUGCAUUUCUACAAUUAAAAAAAUUAAAUUGAAAAGUUUUAACUUUUCAGUCCUUGCAUAAUAAUGCUGUGCUUGUGUAUUGUGAAUUAUGAUUUAGCAAGAUUGUUGACUUGAUGUGUAUUCAUGUAUGAUCACUCACACAAGUGCAGAGACAGAUUUGUAUGCCAGGCUGCAUGCCGACAUGUUUGUUGAAAUACAACUAAAGUUAUUCAUUGCAUGCAGUGAAGAAAAGAUCAUAUGAUUAUUAACAUAUAUAAGCAACAGAUUUUUAGCAAAGAAAAAUCUAAAUAUCAGUAAAAGGUCCAUUCAUCUACAUGUGAAUGAAUCGAAAUUGAAAAAGACUGCUAUAAAACACUUGUAGAUAAAUUUGACUAGAGAUACAACAAACAGCUCAGAGUGAAUUGUCCCUUUACACAGGAUUCACAUGUAAAGGUAUCCUUAUAUCAUGUUAGGGUAGCUUAUUAAGAUCUUUGAAUCCAUUCAUAGAGGUAUACAUGUUUUGCAUGUUUCCUCAGGGAAGCAUGUUAUGAAAUUAUGUACAGGUGAAAGUUAUUGUCAACAUUUAAAAUGUAUUCAGUGAAUAAGUUAACAAAAUGUCUUUUAAGUUAAAAAAAAAAAGAUGUUUCAGAAGAACGCUUAUAUUUGAACACUUAACGCAUCAAAUAGGAUUAAUAACUUCAUACAUACUUGUGUGUUGUAUCACUCAGUUGUUAAGUAUGAUAUUAAAUGGUCUGGAAAGAAUACAGCUUGCUAAAGAACUAGGUUUUUUAAUGACGUGAAGAUAGCAUGAAAUGUACUUUUUAAGUUUGGAGACGGAGAUGUUUGCAAGCAUGAGAGAAAGAUCAACUCACAAAGUACAUUUCAUGCUAUCUUUAUGUCAUUAAAAAACCUUGUUCUUUAGCAAGCUGUAUUCUUCCCAGACCAUUGUUGCUGUUUUGGAGACAAAUAUGUUAGCAAGCAUGGGAGAAAGAUCAGAAGGUGAAAUGGCUAUAAUCAGUGGUUCAGUAUUGCAGAAAGAAUAAACAAUUUUGAAAGGCU